UGAUUUUUGAUCGCAUUGAAUUGAAAUCCCCCUGAAAUCCAGGACCACAAACUCGCUGCAUUUGAAUUUCAGCUUGACUUCUGAUUGCGGCAUUCUAAUUUCUCUUUUCAGCUUCGCAUUGCUUUGUACGUCCAGAUGGCAUAGCCGGCUGACUCAUGUACCGAUAGUGCUUUGCUAGCUGGUUCUGAUCUCCAGACGGCAUGGACCAUGGUCGCCCUACAAUUCUCUGCUCCUUGCACCCAUUGCAGCGUUUCCUUCUUGGAUGGCCAGCAAUAUCUGCCGCUUGAGCAAAGUAGAACUGCCGCGCUUUCCUUAGGAGGGUGUUCAAUCUGGUUUCUCUACCUCAAGUUUCAAUCUGCCUGCACUUCAAUAGAAGCUUGCAGCUGUGGGAUAGCCAGUCAAGGUCCAUGGGGCCGCACUGUUGCGCCUCGAGCAGGAGUUUUGUUGUCGAGAGACUGGCCUCAAGUGCUCAGGCGCUCAGUCAAAGUAGCUCUUUAGAGAGCUCGUCAAAAGCUGAGCCAAAAUGUCGCCCUUCAGAAAAACCAGCAUCAUUCAACCUUGCAGAGUCACCUCCGAAAAUGCAGUCACUUCGGAGUAGAGAGACUUUAGCUGGUGGUGCAAUGCAGCGCCCAAAGACGAAUCAUGCUGGUGAAAAAUAUAGUCAGUCUGAGCGGCAAGCCACGGACCGGGGCAGUUGCAGAAGGGCGUUCAGCAUUGCCUUGCUGAUGACGUCGUUGCACUGCUCGCAGGGACGAGCUGCGCUGGGUGCGCCACCUGCGAAACAGUUCCGGACAAAUAUUGACGACGCCAGAGAGGAAGGGGAGAGGAGGCGGGAGGAGAAGGAGCGGGCUGAAGGGCCCAUUGUGAAGCUGCCGUCGGGCGUCAAGUAUCGUGAGCUGGCUGUUGGAACCGGAGAAGCGUUGCGCCCCGGCGACCUUGUGUCUGUGUACUACACGAUCUACCGCCUGAGCGGGUUGUACAUUGAUUCUGUGGGUUACGGUAAAGAAGGAAAGGAUGACGUGGGGGACGCAUUCACAUUCGAACUAGGUGCGGGACAAGUGCCUCAGGGCGUAGAGCAAGGCGUGUUGGGUAUGUGCAUAGGUGGGAGGCGGCGGAUACUUGUCCCUCCAAAAUUAGGCUGGAUUAAUGACGGAGUUUUGCCCAGGCCGACGUCUGGAGCCGCUGAGAGGAGAUUGCUCCGGCACACCAAUGAGCCGUUGCUCUUUGAGAUUGAGAUUGUGAAGACCAAGCAUCGGACGUGAGUGACUCCGGCCUACUGUACUUCCUUCCGUUACGAGUGGUGCCUUGACGAGCAUUACGUUGUUCUUGCUGCUCAGAGAUAGAAGAAGUCUCGACCGUCUGCUAUUCUGCUGUGGUCUGCUCGAGGUCCG